AUGGCGCCUCGGAGACCUGCCAGCCCAGCGAAACCUCGACGGACCACGCGCGCUCGAGCUGGAGAUGCCGACACAGUCAACACCACAUCCGCGCAGCCGACGAAAACAAGAAACGUCAAAGCUGCGAGCAUCCCCACGACCACACGAACUCAAGAGAUGGAAUCGAAGUCUCGAGUUGCGAAGAAGACGACGUCAACCACAGCACCUAAAUCGAAAGCUGUGAGAAGUGCACGCGCCACUACUAGAUCGACAAAGGCUACUGUCGUCCCCGCCGUGGACGUCGAUGUUGAGAGCGAUGGGGAAGAGGUAGAAGCUGCGGCUGAGGUCACGGUGGCGGAGCCGGCCAUUAAGCCGUCGAGGGGAACGCGAACAGCUACGAAACCGACGUCAACCGCUACCGGUACCACAACACGAACCUCUGCCGCGACCGGACUCGCUGCGGCGCCGCGUCGCCGAAUAAAGGUCACCCCUUUAAUCGAACAUGACCCUCAACCAGCACCUGUUCCCGCACCGGUUCCGGAUGACAAGACCGCAAAGAAGUCGUCCACAAAGUCAAAGAAGGAGAAACCUGAAGCGGAGGUGAAGCCAUCUAGCUCCAUGCGUACGAAGAGAAGUGCUGCACAGGCCAAGCUUAACGAAGUUUCCGACGGACCAAAUACCGUAGAGCCGGAGCCCAAGAAGCGAGGUAGAACAAGAGCUGGGACGGCAAACGUUGAGGAGAAGCCCGAGCCCGAUGUUGUUGCCAAAACCGCAAAAUCGCGGGGCCGUGGUAAGAAGGAGAAAGCUCCUACAGACCAAGCUGGACAGACUGAGCCUGAGCCGGUCACCACCCGCCAAACAAGAACCCGCGGUGGAUCGGCUGAAGACCCUGCCGUCAGUGAGGCUAGAAUCAGUGUUGUCGUCCCGUCAAGGAAGAAAGUCACCUUUGAGCCAUUGCCGGAAGAUGAGGAGGAUGAGAAAGAAAACAAGCGGCCCAAGGCCAUGGCCAAAACCAAGAGCAGCAAGGCCUCCGCCACGACCACCAAGAAAUCCGAACCAGCGGCCACUGGGAUGCGGGCCAAGCCAAUUCGCAAGCCCGCUGCUACUCGAACGACUAAAGCAACUCGGACCGCUUCUCGUGUGACAGCAAUGCCUGCAGCUGAAGAGAUGGAGGUCGACAAACCGGAAAUGAGGAUGCCUCGAGCACUGACUCCAAAGAAGAUCACACAAGUUGCAAAAGCUAAUACCGUCGACAGUGAGGAUGAUGAGGACGAGCUUUCAGGAGCUAAGACUCCUGUUCGCGAUCUCAGCUUGUCGCCUCGACGAGGUUUCACUCCUUCUGCUGCGCGUCCCUUGUCUCCCGUGAAGACGCUGGACUUUGCAACCGCCCUCAAACCCAAUUCGCCUGAGAAGUCUCAUUCAGGCGCACCGCUCAGCAUGAUGAGUCCACCUCGACGAAUGCCGGCAUCACCGAUCAAGGACUCAUUGAAAGAGUCCCCACGACGCGCACCUGAAGGUGUCACGAUCUUCCGAGCCCAAAUCCUAGAUGCGGGCAAUACAGGGUCGCGCGCGUCGAGUCCUCCAAAAAAUCAAUCUCUGCUUCAGCAGUCUCCUAAGCGUGCCCUCGCUGAACAGAUCGUUUUCCCGCCAUCAGCCAUGAAAUCACGGGCAACUCCACUGAAGAACUCUUUCCUGUCUUCUCCUGCGCGGCGACUCUUCUCAGCGUCGAAGCAGAGAUUUCCCACUCGGUUAUCACCUUCACCGAAGAAGGCAUUCGGGCGAGAGAACGACACAGCGUUGGCUGAAGUGGCAGAGCCUGACGAGAUCGAAAUUUCGUCACACUUCCGGUCUUCGGUUUCGCCUCAGCGAUCUGCCCGAGUCUACAGACUCAGUGAGGACGAGUUGGCUCAGGAGCUCGGAGCGGAAGUUAAUUUUGAUGAAUCUGUGUUGGAUGUUAGAAGUCCGCUGAAAGUUCACAAGAUCAAGCCAGUUGUCACUGAUGCGACAGCCACAAUCACCGCCGCCGCAGCUCAAAUUCUGCAGAAUCCCGCCGAACGAGAAGACGAUGAAGUCGAAGGGGAGACUUCUCUACACACCUUGCGCGACGAGAUCGCAGCUGAUGCAGAUUACGACGAGACCAUCGUGGACCCUGCACUUGAAGCCGAAGAAGCAUCCGACGGAGACGAUGAAGCUCACCAUGGCGUUUCUCUUGAUGAGGUCUCCGCAGAUGAACCCAUGAUGGAUAAACCCCAAUACGGGCAGUCCACACACAACCCCAGAAUGUCAGAUACCCUGUUCAGCCGCAUGCGUCAACUGGAUGAUGAAUCCGAAGACGAACUUGCCGGAGAACAGACCCCAGUUAACCGCGUCCUCGGACCAACCUUUCGACCUAACAUGAGCGCCACCAACACGAGAACCCGUCUGUCAACCGGCAUCGUACCGCAGAGCGCCUCUCGACAUCUUGGUUUCACUCCUCUUGUGGCUCAAGUUCAAGGCUGGCGAGCUGGAAGUCCCGAAAAGAGAACUCCUGGUGCUGCAAGGCCUCCUUCGCAGGGAUUGUUUUCUCCUGCUGCUCAGAUGCACGUCGAGGGCUUAGUUGAGCUGAACCGACCAGAUACACCGGGCUCCAAGCGGAAAUCAUUGGGCACACGACUUUCUCUCGCUCCAUCUUCAACUGGAAGUCCACUCAAGCCUGAUUUUUUUGCUGACGGCAUGGCUGCGCAGGACUUCGAAGAGCAAGUCGACGGAGGGCAGGAUAUCCCUCCAGAGCAGCAUCAAGAUUUGCACGGCCUUAUUCGGUCAGACGUGGCUGAGCCAGACGCUGGCAGUGCAAGUGAGGUGCAAGCUGGACUUGCAGAAGGAGUGGUUGAAGAGAGUGUUCCAGAAACGGGUGAACUUACCACUGAUCUCAUCAACUUCACCAAUGCCUCUGAUACUGCCAUGGUUGACUUCAAAGCUCUGGCAAAUGAAGCCGAGGAGCUUGCCGGUCAUGAAGACGACCAAUCGAUGUUGUCCAAUACAUCGUUCUCCUCGACAGACGAACAAGACCAGAGUACUGAAAGUGGAAAAAUCCUCGAGGAGACGGCUCCCAACGUUGUCUCCGAGGUAGAGGAGGAAGAGCAGUCCAUGCUUUCAUCUUCCUCGACUUCAAUCGGCGACGAAAAUGCUGCACUGAUUGUCGAACUUCCGGAACAGCCCGAGUCUGUCCAGGAAGCUGAAGCGUCUGCUCCAAGCGAUGAUGGUGAGAGCGAUCAUGACACCGGCGAGGAGGACGUUGGUACACUCCUCUAUGAGAACGAGCUUACCAUGAUGGCACACAACCCCAUAUCUGAGUUGCCGUGCGAAACAACAGCAGCCAGCAUCGAAGUCUCACCCUGGAAGGGUGAUACCAGUGAUUCUCUCGCAGAAAUGGACUUCAGCGUCACUCCUGUUCGACCAGACCCUGCACUUCCCCGACAAAUCCACACUGUGGUCUCUAAAGUACCGCUCCGCCCUGAAGGUGAAGUCCCCAAUUUGUCACCGCUCAGGAUUCCACGCAAGCGAGCGCGAUCACUAUCUUCUUCAACUCCACAGGGUGUUAAGAGACGCAGUCUCGGCCUUGACUUCCCGGCUAUGGUUGCUGGUAAUCCCCUCAUGACGCCCAGAGCGAACAGAGGGGCCCCCCAGCGACGCGUUCGCAGUGCUGCGCCGAGUCCUGCAAAUUCUGUGGCUACCAGUCUGAUCACGCCUAGUCAGAUCAGCUUUUCCAUCGACGAUUUUGGAGACAGCACGCUAGAUGGUAUUGAGCUGCCUGAGGAUGAGCUUAUGUCUGAUGACGUGGGUGUAGGCGUGGAUCAGACCGAAGUUGACGGCCAGGAUGAGAGUGUCAUGACCAUUGGAUCUGCUCUGUUCAAGACUCCCAUUGCUCCGGCGAAGGGACACAGCAUUGCUCCUGCUAGUACGCGGUCCACCGGCACGACCACUCCUCGCUACGCCAUGAGCACAAAGUCGAGCAAGAGCCGUGUUGCAGCCACGCCGAGCAUCACACCCACACGAGGAGCGACUCCUGCGGCGAUCAAGUCGGCUACUGCGGCCAAAGCAAAGACUCCCAGCACGGCUCUUAAGAGCAAACUCGCCGCUAAACCACCCCAGACGGACCGCACACCCCUGAAAGCAGUAGGCAGCGGUGUCCUUCACGGCGCAAUCGUCCACACCGAUAUCCAUACCAGCGAGGGUAUGGAUGCAUCGGCGUUCUACAUUGACAUACUUACGUCCAUGGGCGCCCGCGUUGUCAAGGAAUGGCGUUGGAAUCCUCGCUCCAGCAUAGUGACUUCCAGCGACGACCAAGGAUCCGGAGAAACACCUAGCUCCAAUCCCGGCAUCACGCACGUUGUCUACAAAGACGGCGGCAAGCGCACACUCGAGAAAGUCCGCUUGGCAAGAGGUCAAGUCCUCUGUGUCGGUGUUGGCUGGGUGCUUGACUGCAUGCGAGAAGGCAAGUGGUUAGACGAAUCUGUGUACGCGGUGAACCAGAGUAUUAUGCCGCGUGGUGGGAGCAACAGACGCAAGUCCAUGGAGCCCAGGAUGCUGGUCAAUGAGAAUGGGCUUUUAUCGGCAAGCAAGGAGCGACGGAGCCGAAGUGUCUCUAUGGGGGUGGAGAUGCACGGCCUGAGGGAGGAAUUAAGGCAGGAGUUGAUCAAUACGCCCGUGAGAGGCAGAGAGAUUCUGAAUGCUGGCGAAAACAGAACAGACGGUGUUGAGGGCGACGGAGAGACCGAGAUCAGCUCGACGUACAAUUCCCCAACCGCAGCGACUGUGGGUGGAGGCGGGGAUACUGCGAAUGUUGGUCUCCUGAUGGCUCAGCAGGAUGUCGUGCGCACACCGGGAUCGGUCAUGUCCAGAAGACGUGCCAAUGUCGACGUCGCGACGCCGCAGUCGACUUCGCUGGCUGUCGACUACGAUCCACGCACAGCAGCGACGCCGUUGACGCCGUACCUAGUCGCCAAGGGCCGCGAUUUGAUUCAGAUGAGUGCACCACCCAAGCAGGUCAACAAGAGUCUCUUCGAUCAGGACGAAGAGGAAAACAGCGUCCUCGGCCAGAUGGACAACCAGGCCGGUGGUGCCAAGAAGUUCCAGGUCAAGGGUGCGAAGGUGUUCGACGGCAGACGGAAGACGCUCGGUGUGCCGGGCAUGGGAUUCAAGCCGGUUGUGGGAAGUCCUCUACGGAAGGAGUGA